UACGCAAACCACCAUGGGCUCCCCAAAACCGCAAGACCAGAAACGCAAAACGGUCCUCAUAACCGGGUGCAGUGAAGGCGGGAUCGGGCACGCUCUCGCGGCCUCCACGUCUUCGCAACAGCGCGGACACCUAAAAUGUCCUCCCUCUCCACCCUUCCACACACCACCCUCCUUCCACUCGACGUAACAUCCUCCGACUCCCUCGCUGCCGCCGUAGCAUCUGUAUCCGCUGAAACAGGCGGAACACUAGACUACCUCGUCAACAACUCAGGUCAACAAGUCGUAGCACCAAUCCUAGAUGCCGAUCUAGGGGAAGCUAGAGCAAUGUACGACGUCAAUGUUUUCGGCGUAGUAGCCACGGUCCAGGCUUUCGCGCCGUUACUUCUAGCGGCGAAGGGCACGGUUGUGAAUAUCUGUUCGAUUACGGGGUUAUUGUAUCCGCCGUAUAUGGGCCUCUACGGUAGCACCAAAUCCGCCCUAACCACCAUCUCCGAAGCCUUACGCCUAGAACUCCAUCCCCUAGGCAUCAAAGUAGCAACCAUAAUAACCGGCGCCGUCCGGACAAACCUCGCCGCCAACUCACCCCCACACAUCCUCCCUCCAAACUCCGUAUACACUCCCGCUGCCAAGGAAAUCGCAGCACGCGCCACAGGUGCCGAUGUCACGGAUCGGGUUGGUUCUAAAGAAGACUUCGGGCGGGAUUUGGUGAGUAAAGUGUUGCGCGGCGCUACGGGAAGGGUGUAUGUAGGCAAUCUAUCGACAGCGGUGAGGAUUGCUUCGAGUUGGUUUCCGGCUUGUUUGAUUGAUUAUAUGCAAGCAGCAAAUACGGGGCUUGAUCGCCUGUCACCAGCCUAGGAUGGAGGCGUUUGAGUGUUACUUCACGGUUCUGGGAAACGUCUUCCUGGCUGGAGGAGACACCUUAAAACUUGGGUCAAUCGCGACUAUAUAUAAGGAGCCUGUAUAUCCUCGCAACUCACAUAACACCACUAGUCGGGAGUAAUCCCAUGGCAAUAGUCAUACUUCAUACUCCAUAGCUCAUAAAUAUGCUGAUCUAGACACGCCUAUGGUU